AUGAGCGAGCAAUACCGCCAGCUCGCACCAGGUCCCUCGCCCUCUUCGGACGAUCAUGACCAUGACCAUGACCUCAGAUCCGACAAUGGGAGUCCCCCUGCCGAAGGGAAAUCCUCUGGAACAUGGAAGAAGAGGGUUUCCACUGCCUGUCUAGCUUGUAAGAAGUCAAAGAGGAAGUGCUCCGGCACAUCCCCCUGCGCAAACUGCCAAACCUUCAAAAGAGUCUGCAUCUUCGACGAAUCCCUCGACCAACGCCGCCGCGUCGCCGCAAAACGCACAGCAGACGAACUCUCCUACCACCGCGACCUCCUCUCCGACCUCUUCAGACUCAUCCGCGAAGCAAACGAAUCCCACGCUCUCCACCUCCUGACCAUCAUCCGCCACAAUGCACCGCCCGACGAAAUCCGCGCUUAUAUCAAUGAGACCCUUGCCGACCUCACAUCCCCGAAAAAGGAAUCCUCGUCGUCGAUUUCCACGCAGGAAACCGUCGCCAAGCUGGAGGAUAUGCGUCAGCUGAUCAAUGUCGAGGGCGCCAGUCCGGCGUUCAGGAGCAAGGUGAUGGAUAUUCAUUAUCUAUGCGAUGAGGCGCCUUGUUCGGUUCCUGCGUGGCCGUGGACGAGUGUUACCGCGGACGCGGAUUUGGUGUCGUAUUUGAUAUCAUUGUAUUUUGCGUGGGAUUGGCCGUUUAAUGCAUUUUUGGAUAAGGAGGUCUUUUUGAGACAUAUGGAGAGGGGAGUGCUGGGGUCGGAGUUUUGUAGCCCGUUUUUGGUCAAUGCGGUGCUCAGUAAUGCUUGUUACUUCUCGGAGUUCUCUGAGGCUUAUGUUGUGCCUGGGGAUAUCUCUUCCAAGGGAAGUGAUUUUCUUGCUGAGGCGGAGAGGUUGAAGGAUGAGGCGCCUUCGCAGCCUAGUCUGGCUGGGUUGCAGGGCACGUUGUUGAUGUAUGAGAGAUAUGCCAUGUCCCGCGAAGAUGACCUGGGAUAUAUCAUGCUGCACCAGGCUAUUCGAAUUGGCGAGGCCCUAGGUCUCGUCGGCAGCACGGGUCCGAAGAUGGCAUCCGCUGGGCUAUCCCAGGACAUGGAUAUCUCGUGCAAGCGCACUGCCUGGGGUCUGUUCAAUGUCGACACAAUGGUCCAUACAGGCUUCCUCCGCCCUAGUCUUAUUGACCACGUCAACAUGGCUCGUCUGGAUGUCAAUCAAUCUGAAGAUCAGACCCUCUGGAGACCAUAUCCAACCCAUCGCAACCCACGCCCAUCAUUCUUCAGCCAGUACUUCGAUGAAGCCUGCAACUUGUCAACAAUCGCCCGCGAUAUCUCGCGCAGCAUGUUCGCCAACCACCGAAGCAGUACUGCUUUGGGCCCAAUCCAGCGUCAAAGCCGUGAAGAGCUAUAUGAUAGUCUUCGUCGCUGGCAUGAACUUCUCCCAGAAGACUUCGACGUCCGAUACAGACCAGCACCGCACAUCAUCCUCCUAAAAAUGCGCUACCACACCCUCACCAUCAACCUCUUCAGCUGCAUCUCCGGAGAUGAAGUCCCACCCACAACCUUCGAACCCAAAACCCCCGAAAGCCCACCCCGCCACACUCCAGAAACCAAAUACAACGCCUGGGAAGUAACCCAAUCCGCAGCCCGCGGCAUCGCCGCCCUAACCCGUCUGCACCGGCGCGAGUACGGCGUCAGUCGCGCGCACCACUUCGCCAUGUACGCGAUCAACCUGGCACUGUUCACAUUGAUGGAGCCGGAAUCCUUCGACGUGCUCGAUGAAGAUUUCCUCACGCUUGCGAGCGCGUUUUCGAUCAUCGCGAGUCGCUCGGCGCUGGGUCGGAAUCUGUUUCAUAUUUUCCGGCAGUCGGUGCGCGGGAAGGCGCAGGGGAGUCGCAUUCGAGAUGCUGUCGCUGUACCCGACGAAUUGAAGGAUUUGGUUGAUGAGGGAUCCGCGGCGAGGGGGUGUAUUCGGUUUGAUGAGUAUGCGGAUGGGUUGGAGAAGUUGAAUCAGAAGGAGAAGUAUCAUGGGAUUGGGGGACAGGGAUUGCAGGAUUAUCCUGGGCUCGGGCUUUCGGAUAUGCUGGAUCGAUAUGAGAGUCUUAGUUUGGGGAAGGAUGAUGUUCUGGUUGAGAGGUAUCGCCCCGUUGGAUGUUGA